AUGGAAUUUCUUUCUUCAAUUACUGUGGAGGUCGGAAAGUGCUUGUUCACAGCCGCUGGUGAUCAACUUGGUUACUUGUUUCAUUACAACGACAAUGUUGAAAACUUGAAAAAGCAAGCUAAGAAGCUGGAAGAUAGCAGAGACACGGUGAAAAUGAAAAUAGAAUCUGCUAAAAGCAAUGGAGAAAACAUUUUUCCUGAUGUUCAAAGCUGGAUAGCAGAAGCUGAGAGUAUUUCUGCAAAAGCUAAAAAGUUUAUUGAAGAUGAAGUCAAAGCCAACAAGAGGUGCCUCAAAGGGUGGUGCAUUAAUCUCAAACAAUGUUAUCGAUUCAGUAAGGAGGCAAAGAAGCAUACUCUGGAGAUUUCUGACCAGCUCCAAGCAGUGGAAAAGUUUCAGAUAGUGUCUUGUCCUGCUCCUCCGUCUGGAAUUAUAUUGCCAUCAAAGUUGUUUUCUUCAGGCACUUUUGAAUCUAGAAAUUCAAUUAAGAAGCAAAUUGUGAAGGUGCUAAUUGAUGAUCAUAAUGUCAGCAUAAUUGGAAUAUGUGGGAUGGGGGGCGUGGGUAAGACCACACUGGUCAAAGAGAUCAGCAAACAAGUAAAAGAAGAAAAGAUGUAUGAUGUGGUGGUGAUGGCGGUUGUGUCUCAGACUCCUAAUAUUGUGAAGAUUCAAGAGGAAAUUGCUAACAUGUUGGGUUUGAAACUUUCGACUGAUAUCGAGUCAGGAAGAGCACGAUCCUUGUGGGAGAGAAUCAAGAAAGAGAAGCGGAUUCUUGUCGUGUUGGAUGACGUUUGGGAAAGAAUCAAAUUGGAUGAGAUUGGUAUUCCUUUUGGGAGUGACCAUAGAGGUUGUAAAAUUUUAAUCACCUCUUGGAGGACGAAGUCAAAGCAAACAAGAGGUGUCUUAGUGAAUCCCAGAAAACGUAACCAACUCAGUAAACAGGCAUUCAUUGAACAUGUUUGA